GCCGCGUUGCCAGGCAACGCCUCGCCGUCAUCCGCCGGCGCCGACGUCGCGUCGGUGCGUCACGACGGCGGCGGACAAGAUGGCGGCGCACGGGGAGGACGGGGAGGCCCCGGAGGCUCCGUCCCCACCUCCGGGGCCCGGAGGAGGCGUCAACGUCUUUGCCAAUGACGGCAGCUUCCUGGAGCUGUUCAAACGGAAGAUGGAGGCGGAACGGGAACGGGAACGGGAACGGGAACGGGAACGGGAACGGGAACGGGAGGCGGCGGAAGCGGAACAAGGCCCAGGGCCUCGGCCGCCGGACGGAGCCAAGAGGAGCGGAGGACAACUGAGCUUCGUUGGCAGGAGGAGAGGAGGGAACAAACUGGCCCUGAAGACAGGAGUGGUGGCCAAGAAGCAGAGGACGGACGAGGAGGUGCUGACGAGUAAAGGUGACGCCUGGGCCAAGUACAUGGCAGAGGUGAAGAAGUACAAAGCUCAUCAGUGCAGUGACGAUGACAAAACACGACCCUUGGUCAAGUAAAGGUGUUGGCAACA